AUGCAAGCUGCCGAGAAUGACGUCGCCUGGCGGGCACGCGUGGAACGCCGCUCCUACCUGGCGGCGUUGGCAGGGCUACCCGUGGCCCAGGGGCUCCCGCGCGGCCGCUGGGCAUGCGUGGUCAAAGCCUGUAGCGAGAAGAAUUGCGGGCCUGUUUGCAGCAAGCGGCGCAGGCGCGCGCAAAUGCCGCAUGGCGAGAAAACAGACUGGAGCUGCGCCCUGCCAGUGGGCAACUUUUGGAUCCAGGACUGCGCGGGCGUCAGCAGCGCAUGCUCUGGCGAAAGGCUUGUCAGGACAGCGUGCAAGAUGGGGCAGGCGUUCCUGUGCCCCACCGGAUCGCUCUCCGGCGCAGAGCAGAAGGGGCGCUCGCGGACGGGCUGCUGCGAGACAUGCGCGAGACCCCUGCUUGUCAGCUCGCCGUUCAACGGGCGCCUCGUCAUCGCAGUCUUGUGUUUGCCUGGGAUUGUCGACGGCAUCGCGCGUAAACUCGCCUCCACGUGGCUCCACUGCGGCAGCCUGCCCGAGUGCACGUCCGUCGGGCGCUUUCCGUCCUCGGCCAGCACCGCCGGGCCCGGGCGCAGCGCGGCGUGGGCGGCCGCCACGGGCGAGGAGCCCGGCGGCGCCCUGGAGGACUGCGAGGACUUCGUCGGCCGCGCCUGGGAGCUCCGCUGGCUCCUGCGCCUGCUGGGAGCAGCGGGCGGCCGCCGAGUGGUGGUGCUGCACGGCGCCUGGGGCAGCGGCAAGUCUGCCCUCGCGGCCGAGUUCUGCCGCUACGCGGCCGCGCCAGGGCGCCGCUUCUCCGACGUCCGCGCGCCGGGCGGCGAGGGCCGGCAGAAGCGGCUGGCGCUCGUCUCGCUGCAGGACGCCGGCGGGGCGGGCGCCGAGGCGAGGGCGUCGAGGCUGCUCCAGACGGCGGCGGCUGGGCUGUGCUCGGGCAGCCCCGCCGACAGCGCGUGCCUGGUGGUCGACCAGGCGGAGGAGCACCUCGGCUGGCAUGACGCGCUGGCCGCCGAGCUACUGCAGGGUAACCCCUGGCUACACCUGCUGCUGGUGCGCAGCCAGCCUGUCUACAAGCUGGAGGGCACGGACCGCUGGAAGCCCCAGAACUUCGGCCUCCCGCCGCUAUCGGGCGACGAGGGCGCGCGCCUCUUCUUGAGCCGGGUGCACCGUCCGCUCACCGAGCUUGACUUCGACGCCGCGGCGCCCGGACAACAUCUACCAGGUGCUCCGCUGUCCAGGGACGUAUUGAUCCCCAGAUUGGCAGAUCAUCCUCUCAUUAUCGCCUGCCUCGGUAAUCCCCGGCGGCUUGUAAAUCUGGCAGCACGAGUUACCUUUGAGUUGCCAUCGGUUCGCGACCUGAUGGCUUAG